GUUAUGCUUUUGUCAUUCUCCACAUCAUUCCACACAAUUCCCUAGAAAGUGCUUGUUCAAUACAGCUGGUGGUGAUAUGGCCCAGCAGAAUGAAUUGUUAUCAAAAGCAGAAGAAAUAGCAGAGGAGGUACUAAGACGUGGAAAACAUAUCCUACCAACAGUAGCUAGGUUGUGUCUGAUUUCAACAUUCCUUGAAGAUGGUAUCCGAAUGUGGGUCCAGUGGACUGAACAACGCGAAUAUAUGGACUUGUCUUGGGGAUGCGGCAAGUUUCUGGCCACAGUUUUUGUUUUGGUUAAUUUGAUUGGACAACUUGGCGGUUGUGUUAUGGUUAUAGGCAGGUUUCGAGUUACAAUUGCUUGCGGAGUAUUAUUCUUCAUUGUUGUUCUUCAGACCGUCGCAUACAGCAUUCUGUGGGAUGUUCAAUUCCUUUUCCGUAAUUUGGCUCUUAUCGGUGCAUUACUCUUGGUCCUUGCAGAAAGUAGAGUUGAGGGGAAGAGUUUAUUUGCUGGUGUUCCUUCUUUAGGUGAAAAUAAGCCCAAAAAUAUUUUGCAGCUGGCUGGAAGAAGUCUUUUAGCCUUUAUGUUCAUCACUCUGUUGCGUUUUGAAUUAUCACCUAUGCAGAUAUUUCAAGACGUACUCGGUUCCAUAUUGAUGGUAAUGGUGACUAUUGGCUUCAAAACCAAGCUCAGUGCAUUGAUCCUGGUUUGUCUGCUUGGAGCCCUUAAUUUCUAUCACAACGCCUGGUGGAAUAUUCCAUCAUAUAAACCUCUCAGGGAUUUCCUGAAAUAUGACUUCUUCCAGACACUCUCCGUGAUUGGUGGUCUUUUGAUGAUUGUAUCGCUUGGUCCCGGCGGUGUUUCUAUGGAUGAACAUAAGAAGAAGUGGUAAAUGUUUUGUUAUUGAUGCAGGAAAUAUGUUGGAAGUGAAGUAAUGCAAAAACUACUGAUAUUUUAUUGAAGUACUUUUGACCAAAUCUUAUGAAUCAGCAUGACUGUUAAGCCUGACAAAAGAUAAUUAUCAUCCCAGGAAUGUCAUAAGUAAAACCACAAGGGAGGAGUUCUGUUUUGUGUGUGUGUGUGUGUCCCUGCUAUGAAAUAAGGAAAUCUUGAAUUCAGGGUACUGAUUGGCCAUUCUUUACCUCAUGACAUGUUGGUAAACGAAGCAGUUGAAUUAAAUGGCAGUUGACUUCAUUUUGUAUUUUUAUUGAUCUGGUAAGAGUUGCAAUGCUUGCAGGAUCUCCAGUACAGUGCAUUUCAUAGUGUGUCAGUACUCUGUGAUCGAGGUUUCCUGCUGUGGAUUGUGCUGGUGAGUGUUACAAACAAAAUGGACAAAAAUGUAAACCCAGUUUUAUCCCAUUUUCAAUUGAUGUUUAUGUGUCUUUUGGGGUAGUUUCAAUGUCCUUUUAGACUAUAUGUCCAUUUCAUUUUUGGUUGAUUUUGUACUGGUGUAAACUUUAUUUUGGAUGCCAGUUUGUGUAAUUUAAAACACAUGACAGCUGAAUGAAUAAUUUUGGGCCUUUGAACAAGUCUGACAGGUUGAAGUGAAAUGUUCUGCACAUCCAAAUUUGUCAUUAUUGAGAAUACCUUUAGUCAAUAAACCAUCCUGUCUGGAAUAUUAAGUUUGCUGUGAUUUGUCCUCAUUGUACAGUUUUAAAAUCAAAAUUUGUUACCUUCAUUGUUCAUUAUAGGUGUGGUAUUCAUGGUGUGAAUUUUUUAUUUCAUUGAGUAUUGUGAUAUGAUUGGGUUUUGUUGUGUUUACUUUGGCUGGUUUUAUGUAUUGUAACAAGGCUGAGCAUCUUUGUACUUGUCUCAGUUUCAAUAGAAGUUUGAAUAAGUAUGAGUUAGGGGUUCUUUCAUACUCAGCACUUUAAUUAAGUAAAGAUGUUGCAUAAAAAGUCUGUACUUAUGGAUUAGGUGGUGGAUAAUUACAAAGAACAGCACAGUAAUCUGUUAUUGGAACAAGAAGGGUAAGUUAUAUCUAAUUUUUGUUUUUUGGUUCAGGAACAUUAUGAUUUUAUUUGUAUUCACUGGGCAUGAAUAACCACAGUCUAAAUAAUGUUUCUGCUAAAUUGUGUGCCACAAAAAUGACAUGAAGCAUUAUUACCAUGUCAUAACACUUAAGAUUAGCGUAGUGAAGCAGAAUUCUGAUGUAAGUUCCAGGGAACUGCACUGUUAUAUAUGAUUUUUGUUUUAAACAAUUAAAUUCAUAUAAUGUUUUUCCCCUUGUAAUAAGAUCAAUAGCAAUGAGUAUUUUUUGUGAGUGCAGAAGAGUUGGAUGCUGCUUUGGUUAAGUCAGCUGACCAUAAUGUGUAAGUUUGCUUCAUGAAGGCACUAUCUGGAAACUCCACGGAAUUAUUUUGUUUCAUUUCAUAAAAGCCACUACCAUAUAUGUAUGUCACUGCUCUGAACUGUAUAGAAGCAAAUGGGAGUAAUUGCAAACAGUGCUGUUGAAUGCUUUACUAAAUUUAUUGCCAGUCAUGCAGGUAUGUCUGUAGGUUAUGCAGAAGCUGAUGCCCUGAACUGUAUUAUACAGUUGCCAUACUUAGUGUUCAUUUAAUAUGUGGGACCAUUUCAUGCACAGAAAGGAAAUGUGGGUACUGUUAUAUCACAAAUAUUAACAAUGCUGAGUUCUUGAAAUAAGAUCAUCAUUGCUUGAAAAUAACUCUGUCAUUGUUAAAUAAUAAUUCAACUGUAAUUGGAAUAGAUGCAAUGUACAUAUAAAUUUUAAUUUUUAAUACAGCGACUCCACUGUGUUUAUAUUAUUUAUAUAAAUGGUUUUUAUUAUUAUGUUUCAAAUUAAAAAUUAGGGAAAGCACAUCAAGAAUUUGAGAAAUGCUGUAUGCUAGCCAAGAAUGAAUGAUGUGGUUCAGUGUUUCAGACAUCCUUUGCCUUGAAAUGUAAGUCACAUGUUCUAAAAUAAACAGUGAAGAAAACUGAA